UCCGCCAUAUUGUUCUAAUGAGAGUUGGAAGACAGAAGGUGAAUGCCUGUUUUCUAGCAUGCGUGUUACUAACUUGUCCGCUACUCGUUUAUUCAAUAAUACGGACGUUUAUCUCAAACUCUCGGUGGAGCUGCAGCCACGCCGCACACGCAAGCGCAAGAGUUGGAUUUGGAGUAGGCCUACAGUACACUUGGAAACAACUCGAGCAGUCCAACAAGUCGACUGCACCAGAAGGUAAACAGCGCCCACCCGACUUUAUUAUUGUUGGCGUUCGCAAAAGCGGCACGAGGGCCCUGCUGUCGAUGAUUACUUUGCAUCCGCAAGUUGUAUCACCUGGACCGGAAGUGCACUACUUUGACAGAGAUGAGAACUUCCGACGAGGCCUUGGGUGGUAUGUCAGCCAGAUGGCGCCGUCUAGAGACGGACAAUUGACUGGUGAAAAGAGUCCUUCCUACUUCAUCUUUCCUUCUGUUCCGUUGAGAAUCAAAAAUUAUUUCGAAACAGUGGGGAAAAAAGCUAAGUUGCUGUUGGUGGUACGGGAACCUGUGAGUCGUCUCAUAUCCGAUUUCACGCAGAAAUUGGUACAGAAAGGAAUCAGUGCAUUUGACAGUGAAACGGUUAGAGAUAAUUUCGUCCAGAAGGCGUUUACCCUCGAUGGUCAAGUGAACACGAACUGGACAGCUAUCAGAAUUAGUCUCUAUUCUGUUUUUCUCGAAAGGUGGUUGAACGUUUUCGAGCCAAGUGAAAUACACUUUGUCAAUGGUGAUAACCUUAUUAGAAAUCCGACAACCGAGAUGAUAAAAGUAUCUUCCUUUCUGGGUUUGGACCAGAGCUUUGAUUGGAAGAAUUCUUUCAACUACAAUUCUACUCUUGGAUUUUUCUGCAUUAGGAAGGGUCACAGUGGCAACGUGUCACACUGCUUGGGUAGCACAAAGGGUCGUCGACAUCCAGAAAUCGAUGCGAGUCUCUUAGAGAAGUUGUACAUGUUCUUUCGUCCGUACAACAGUAAGUUUGUAAAAAUGACAGGGAUGACAGUCGACUGGGAUAUAUGACAGAUAUUCGUGAUGACUAAUCACAGUCAAGUACAGCCACAGAUUUCACUACACAUGACUUUUAUUAGGGAAACAGAUGACGGUUGAGUUUUUUCAAGACACUUAUUAACGAUUAAUCUUUAAUGACCGGCUUGAGUUGAUCACCAGAUUCGUUUAUGUACAUUGUUUGCAAUUGAUAUAGUCUACUGACUUUUAGUUGGACAGAAUUUGCAAGCUUAGAUCUAUAAUGUAGUUUAUGACAACCAUGAUCGGUAUUGAAUGCGACUAACUAGU